GACUUUAACUACUGGCGAGACCUUCCCUGACGCUAACUCGAUGAACUACCUGGUUGGUACAGAUUUAGAAGCAGUGUUGGCUGAUGUCAGCUAUCUAAUGGCAAUGGAAAAAAGCAAGACGGUUGCUUUUAAAGCAGCUAAAAAAUUACCUCUUCCCGAUCCUAGGUUUGAGAUUGUGAGAAGCAUAAUGUUUAAAUAUUUAAAAAAACGUCAAGAAUUAACGUUUGAAAUAAUAUUUGACCAGACAUUAGGAUAUCUUCUUUUCAAGCAAUACUGUGAUUCACUUCCGGACGGGGGUUCUCUUCAUUUUAAAUUCUACGAAGCCGUUACUAAAUUUGAACACAUCGAGACGGACGAAGAGCGUAUUAUUGAAGCCAAGGAAAUAUAUGAUAACUUCAUUAUGCGUGAACUUUUAACACAUUCUCAUAAUUAUUCACAAAAUGCUGUAGACAUUGUACAGGAAACUUUAACCUCGGCAACGAAGUCAGGUAUACUUGCUCCUGAUAUCUUCAAACCUUACAUCAACGAACUUAGAAUAAUUCUUAAAGAGGAAUAUUUUGAACGGUUUAUUAUGAGUGAAUAUUUUACACGCUUUUGUCAAUGGAAAAACUUAGAAUUCAACAUUUAUGAUACGGGCUCUGAUAUAAGUUUUUGUGAAUUAUUUAUUUAA